CGCCGGCGUGGAGGCAGAGUCCAGCAGUCUCAGGCAUUGUGCCCCGGCUGUCGCACCUGCUUCACGGCUGCCUCCCCGGCACGGCGCCCCCGGCCCGCAGGCACCGCCCUGCUCCUCCGGGCCGAGGCGAAGCCGGGCCGCCCCCACAGCCAAACCGCGCCUCACGCCUCGCCGCUGCCGCCCGGCGAUUAUUAGCCGCUGCCGCCGGCGAGGAGCGGCUGUUGCCGGGAAGAUGGCGAGUCGUAGCCUCCGCCUGCUGCUCCUUGGUUACUUGGGCGUCCUGAGCUAUCAUAAGGUGUCUGGCAUUUCCAUUGAAACGGAUAACAAAAACGUCAAAGCAGAGGAGUUUAAGGAGGCUAUUCUUAGUUGCAAGCACAAAUUUUCUAAAGGGAUGAGCUUAAGGAUAGAAUGGAAGAAAAUCCAGCCUCAAGGAGUCUCAUUUGUCUACCACAAUGGUGAAUUUACAGGUGAUCUUCGAGGCCGGGCAGAGAUGCUGAAUACAGGAAUCCGUAUUAGAAAUGUGACUAGAAAGGAUUCUGGGACCUACCGCUGUGAAAUCAGUGCAAAGAGUGAAGAGGGACAACGCCUGGGAGAGGCUACUAUUACUCUCACAGUCUUGGUUGCUCCAACUACUCCAGUAUGUGAGGUACCCAGCUCUGCAAUGACGGGAACAGUAGUGGAACUGAGUUGUAAGGAGACUGAAGGGUCUCCUCCAUCUGAAUACCAGUGGUACAAGAAUGGUGUUGCCUUGCUGGAAAAUACAAGAACAGGCAGUGCUAGAGCAGCAAACAUAACUUACACCAUGAACAAAAAGUCUGGCACUCUGCUGUUUAACACAGUUACAAAGAAUGACACAGGAGAGUAUUUCUGUGAAGCCUUCAAUGGGAUUGGAUUAUCUCAGAAAUGCUCAGUGAAGCGAAUGCAAGUUGAUGACCUUAAUAUAAGUGCCAUCAUCAUUGCUGUAGUAGUUGUGGCUCUGGUAAUGGCACUCUGUGGCCUUGGAGUGUUUUAUGCCCAAAAAAAGGGCUACUUUGCAAAGGAAAGCUCUUCCCAAAAGACAACCAACUAUCAAUCUUCUAGUGAAAAGGAUUUCAAGCAUACCAAAUCCUUUGUUAUUUAGAAGAUUUCAGCCUCUGUGAGGGACAUCAAAUGACUACUUGUUAUACAAAAGUAUCAAAGGGAUCUUUUGACCUCUACUCUGUAAAUAUUGUUUACAUGUACUACAUGCUGAAAAUGGAAACUGCCAAUGUUUAGCUCUAGUCAACCUGUGAUUGCCUUUAAG